AUGCGUAUCUGCAGCGCAGUUCACCCACGUUUGCUUUCGUCAUUCUGCAAUUUGCUGCCAAGCACCAAGCACCCGUCGAAGCAGGUCUACACGCUCGUUGUCCACCUGCACGCCAAGGAAGGCAAGGACGUCGAAGAGAAGGUCCGCAGCAAGCUCAUCGAGGCCUCGCAGACGUACAUGAAGGACGCUGAGGUCAUCGGCUGGCACGUCAUGCAGGACCACGUCGACACCCGCAAGUGGACCAUCGUCGAGCGCUACGAGCGCCAGAGCCAGAGCCUCAAGAUCCACCAGGCGAACCCGUAUUACGCCGAGUUCGGCGUCUACAUGGGAGCUCUUCUGGACCAGCCGCUGGAGAUCUUCCAGUUCAACGAGCUGGACACGAGCAAGCCCGUGCACGUCGAGUGA